CGAUUUCGCUAUGUUUCCAGUUCUUUGCUGGAGUUGGGGAGACGAGUUGUAACACAAACUGUUGGAUUAACAUAUGGAGACCAGGAGGAAUUAUUUCGUUUUAAGACCUAGGACUUAAUACCACGCCACUCACUUCUCUAUUCUCCUCACUCCGUCCGCAACCCUGUCUGUGGGCCUAACCUCGCGGUUAGUCGUUCCAAGAGAAAGGACAGUGGGAACUACGGUUCCCAGCAUUCCCCGUGGCCAUAGUCCCGUGGCAGCGCGCAGGGUUGGGGCCGGGCCGGGUUGGGCCAGGCCCAGCCGGGCUGGGGUGGCGAAUAGCUACAGGCUGAUGCGCGAGCGCUGGGAGUCUCUCAGGGGCUGGCUGCUGGGAGCAGAGCUGCGGCGUCCUCAGUUACAGGAGACCAGCUUCGUCCACCAGCGCGGCGGUACAAUGGCCCUCCCUAAGAAGAAGCUUCAAGGUCUUGUUGCUGCUACUCUCACACCUAUGACUGAGACUGGGGAAAUCAAUUUCCCCAUUAUUAGUCAAUAUGUGGACUAUCUUGUAAAUGAACAGGGCGUGAAAAACGUUUUUGUGAAUGGUUCAACAGGAGAAGGCCUAUCACUGAGUGUUGCAGAGAGGCGACAACUUGCAGAAGAAUGGGUGACAAAAGGGAAGGAUAAGUUGGACCAUGUGAUUAUUCAUGUAGGAGCAUUAAGCCUGAAAGAAUCACAAAGUCUGGCUCAGCAUGCAGCAGAAAUAGGAGCUGAUGGUAUUGCUGUCAUUGCCCCUUUCUUUUUCAAAUCAAUGAACAAAGAUGGCCUGAUUGCAUUUCUAAAAGAAGUGGCUACUGCUGCCCCCAAGGUGCCAUUUUAUUACUAUCAUAUUCCUGCUUUGACAGGAAUAAAAAUUCGUGCUGAAGAGCUGCUGGACGGGAUUCAAGAUCAAAUUCCCACCUUUCAAGGGUUGAAGUUCAGCGAUGUAGAUCUCUUAGACUUUGGACAGUGUGUGGAUCAGAACAGUCAUCGGCAGUUCGCUCUCCUUUUUGGGGUAGAUGAGCAACUGCUGAGUGGCCUGGCCAUGGGAGCAACUGGAGCCAUUGGCAGCACCUACAACUACCUGGGCAAAAAAACAAACCAGAUGUUGGAAGCUUUUGAGCGCCAGGACCUUCCCUUAGCCUUGAACUAUCAGUUUUACAUCCAGAGAUUUAUGAACUAUGUGAUCAAACUGGGUAAGUACAAGACCUUUCUUCCAUUUCCUGUGUCAUUAGGGGGCAGAGGUAGAAAAUACCUCCCUGACUUCCGCGAAGUUUGUAAAAUGCUCCGCGUUGAAGGUUUUGGAAAAGAAGUUUCCGUCCCGUCAUCCUUGUGCUUAUCCCGUCCCCGUCCCUGUCCCCGGGACUGCCUUCUGAGGCAGCUACAGCUCUAGUCUGCCCUCCUCGCCUUCUCAAGUCGGUCCCUGCUGGGUGCCUGUCACCGCCCACCAGGCACAGAGAAGAGCCCUGGCUGCUGCCUCGGGGAACGCCAGCCAAUGGGGAGCUGGUCCGAUAGAUGACAUCUGCAGGAUCAGUGGGAGGGAAGCCCCGGAGGGAGGGCGCCGGUGCGGCCCUCAGGGCGGAUCAGGAAGGACUACUUGUAACGGGGACCCCCACAGCUUAGUGGGUGGGAGAAGGUGAGGCUCCUGGAAGCCGCCAUACCCGAAGGAGUCCGGGCCUAGGGUGAUGGUGGCCCGCUCAUUGUUAGAGAAGGGAGUCUUCACAGGAGUCUGUGAAGGCCGAAUGGGCUGGAUUGGGGAAUUAGUCAGAUAUUGGGGAGAAAAAGUCAGGUGUGGGGAUGACUCCGGGUGGGACGCCUGCAUAACUGGGAGAAUAGUGGUGUCCUUGGUGAGAGCAGGUUGUUUGGGGGAAGAGAGGAGUUUGGGAUCUCCGUGGGACCUCCCAUGCUGGACAUCCAUUAGGCAGCUGAAGAUGUAGUCGGGUGGUCGGGACAGGGCUGAGGGCCGAGUUUUCAUCAGUGAUCGGGGAAUCCCUGGGCCUUUGUGGGCCUCCCCUGGGCCCCGCAGCUUUUCCUCUCCAGGCACUCCCCUCCCAGGCGAUCCCUACAGGAGCUCGCACAUGCUGCGAAGGACGGCAAAAUGAGGUAGCGAGUCUCUCUCCCUCUUUAGCACAUUCUGUAGGCCUGGCUCUUGCCAAGUCCUAAGAAUACAAAGACCAGAAAAAGAACAAGUUUUUCCCCCUCAAGAAGAGAAACGGCGUGCAGGGUGGCGCAGAGGAAAUAAGAAUAUAAACUAAAAUAUAAAAAGUAAAUUCCUGGGAGCUGGGCGGUCGGCUUGGGCCUCUGGGCUCUGCAUCCUCCGCGCACAGCUUAUGCAGGGCCGGGACUUAGUGGGGCGCAAGCCGAAUGCCCUCCGAUGAGUCGUGCCUCCAUUUAAAGUGUAUGCCGAAAACAUUCUUCACACUAACCUUUCCUGCUGUAGGGCAGCUUGCCCGCUUGAACUACAGUCUCUGGCCCCCUAUUCUGGCUGAUCUUUAAAGCCACAGAAGGUGAGAGCUGAGAGAGCUCACAAGAUCGACCAGUCCCUCAGCCCAGCUGUGGACCUCACAUGCUGGCUGCCGUGUACCCCAGGCCCUCUCUUCUAAGGUCCACAGGUACUUCAGCCACUCCCACCACACGGUCUCUAGCGGCCACUCUCCAUGGGGGUGUCUUCGUGGUCCAGUGAAAAGAGCAUCUGGUUUUAGUUGAAAAGACGCAGGUUGGGGGGGGGGGGGGAAAGACGCAGGUUCAAAUCCCUCCUCCAUCACUUAUGCUACCUGUGUGACCCUGGACAAGUUACUUCCCCCAUCUGCCAAUGAAGUGGCCCAAGGUUUCCUCUUCCUCUAAACCAGAGGUGCAGUGAGCGUGGCUCUCUAGAGAAGGAGGGAGCUAACCAUGGCUUUCCUUCCUUGCCCAGGUCUCGGAGUUGCACAGACAAAAGCCAUCAUGACUCUUGUCUCUGGGAUCCAGAUGGGUCCACCUCGGCUGCCCCUGCAGAGAGCCUCCGAGGAAUUUACUCUUGGUGCCGAGGCCAAGCUGAAGAGCCUGGAAAGCCAUUGCUUCCCCUGACUCCAAGGGCUGAGCAGCCAGGGACAGCACCGCCAGAGUGUCUGAUGAGACCCAGCCUGGUGAAAUUGCAUUUCUCAGGGAAUUUUGUAAUCAACCUGCACUAAACACUAUUUUUAGAAGGAAUUCUAUGCCAAUGGAUCAAUCAAGUAUUUGAAACCAA